AUUUCUUUCAUUUCUCAGCUUGGAUGUUCCCUUAGAACUACAAGCUUCAAAUAAAUUUCUCUCUUUUUAUAUUUUCAUUUUAUUCUCAAUUACACCCCUAAUUUUAUAGAGUAAUUGCAAUUUGCACCCUAGAAAAAUGCAAUCGCUUACUCCAUCAUCGUCGGGGAUAAAUCUCAAAUCCUUAAUCCGGACGAAGAUACAGUCGAACCGGGUUAACCCGAUUCGACCGGUUAUCAGAUGCGUUUACCGGUUUGACGCGGCCAACGCCGCCGUCAACACCGGUACCGCGAAUACCAACUCUGCCGGACACGUCGGCGGUUCUAGAGCCGACUGGCAGAGUUCCUGUGCGAUUUUAGCAAGUAAAGUUGUGUCGCAGCAGCAGAACGCUGAGAAGAGUGGCGGCGCUGGUAACAUCACCGCCGUGAACGGCCAUAAGGCGACGAUGGAUCUCGAUCUAGUUCCAAUCGAUAACCAACCUAAGCCGCUCACCAUCACUGACCUCUCCCCAGCGCCGAUGCACGGUGCUCAGCUUCGCGUCGCUUACCAAGGUGUACCUGGAGCGUACAGCGAAGCUGCCGCCGGUAAAGCUUAUCCGAAAUGUGAAGCCAUACCUUGUGAUCAAUUCGAAGUUGCAUUCCAAGCCGUUGAGCUCUGGAUCGCUGACCGUGCAGUUCUCCCCGUUGAAAACUCUCUCGGAGGAUCCAUUCACAGAAACUACGACCUCCUCCUCCGUCACCGUCUCCACAUCGUCGGAGAAGUUCAACUCCCAGUUCAUCACUGCCUCUUAGCACUUCCAGGCGUUCGAAAAGAGUAUCUCAACAGAGUCAUAAGCCAUCCACAAGCCUUAGCACAAUGCGAGCUUACACUAACAAAACUCGGUUUAAACGUAACUCGAGAAGCUGUUGACGAUACCGCCGGCGCUGCCGAAUACAUAGCUUCCAACAACCUCCGUGACACAGCCGCAAUCGCCUCCGCACGCGCCGCCGACCUAUACGGUCUCCAUAUCUUAGCUGAAGGAAUCCAGGACGAUUCAAGCAACGUAACUCGUUUCGUUAUGCUAGCGCGUGAACCAAUAAUUCCUCGAACCGAUCGUCCAUUCAAAACAAGCAUCGUCUUCGCACAUGAUAAAGGAACAAGCGUUCUGUUCAAAGUGUUAUCAGCUUUCGCAUUCAGAAACAUCAGUUUAACGAAGAUCGAGUCACGGCCUCACCGGAAUCGUCCGAUCCGGCUAGUCGACGAUGCGAACGUCGGAACGGCGAAGCAUUUCGAGUACAUGUUCUAUGUAGAUUUCGAAGCUUCCAUGGCGGAUGUUAGAGCUCAGAAUGCGUUGGCUGAAGUUCAGGAGUUCACGUCGUUUUUGAGGGUUUUGGGAAGUUAUCCAAUGGAUAUGACUCCAUGGUGUCCUUCUCGUGAAGAUUAA